AUGCAAGAGAACUCGGGCAAUCCAGCAGAGACACCAGCGAAGGCGCGUGGCGGCAACGACUCCCCAGAAGAAGAAAUACCAAUUCUCAUGCCAGGUGACCCCGCGAUGGCGAUGUUUGUCCCCCUGGAAGAGAGCCUUUUUGAACCCUUCGAUCCCCCCCAAAAUAAGAGCGACCGCCUGAAGCUCUGCCAGCAAAAUAUUGAGAAACACACAGCCGCCGUGGAGCAAAACAUUACUCACAUGUACGAACGUGAGCACCAGCGCAUCCUACAGCACGCAAAAAAGUUAGAGGCAACCAUGGGCGUCUGGGAGACCACCGCGGGCCUCAUGCCGGGCGAUGAGGAUCUCAUCAUGGAAUACGUGGACGCCCCGAUUCCUCACGAUGCUGACUACAGCAACCGUCACCUGUCAACGUAUGCGUACCCCGAAAUCCCGGGCGAUAUGCCUCCAAGGCAGGCGGCACUUCACUGGUCGCUCUACAACGCUGGCCAGGCCUUGAUUCAGUUAAGAGGGUAUGCCACUCACGCGCAAGAGAUCAAAAACCAUUACAAGACGGCUUUGGAGAAGGGACUUGCGCAUGACGAGUCAUCUGACAACGGGCGAAAUGGUGAACCUGCUCGGAGCUAG